UCACGGAGCUCCGCUUCAGAUAUGCAUCUCCUAGACCAAGUGUAAAAGAAGUCGAACAAAGAGACRAGACUGGACUUUCUGCUGCUGCGUGGAAAGGUCCAGGGAUGGGGGUGUUCAGCCGACAGAAGUUUUUCCAGGAGCUCGCUCAUGGCUGCCUGCUGCCCACAGCCCAGCAGGGCCUGGAGCAGUUCUGGCAGCUGCUGGUUAUCUGUCUGCUGUGUCGACUGCUCUGGAUGUUGGGCCUUCCUUCAUUUGUGAAACACAUGAGCACGGUGGCUGGAGGUUUCUACGCUCUCUACCUGUUCUUUGAGCUCCACAUGAUCUGGGUGGUUCUUCUCAGCCUUCUGUGCUACCUCUUCCUCUUCCUGUGCCGUCACUCUACCAUCCGAGGCACCUUUCUCUCUAUAACCGUGCUCAUCUACCUGCUCCUGGGGGAGCUGCAYAUGAUGGAGACCACCAAUUGGCACAAGAUGAGAGGUUCACAAAUGGUGGUUGCCAUGAAAGCCAUCUCUCUGGCGUUUGAUUUGGACAGGGGUGUUGUAGCGAAUGUCCCCUCACCCGUUGAGUUCAUGGGCUACAUUUACUUUGUGGGCACGGUCAUCUUUGGGCCCUGGAUCAGCUUCAACAGCUACAAAGAAGCUUUAGAAGGACGUAAGCUGAGUUUAGCAUGGCUUUUCAAAGUGUCUGUUAGCUGGGUGAAGAGCCAGAUCUGCCUUGUGAUUUCCAACUGCGUGGCGCCCUACCUCUUCCCCUAUUUCAUACCCAUUUAUGGAGACAAGCUACUGCGAAGCAAAAAGAGGAGGAAAAUCAAAGGUUCACCGGCAAAGUGGCUGCUGGCGUACGAGAGCACCAUGUCUUUUCACUUCAGYAACUACUUUGUUGGUUACUUGAGCGAGGCUACCACGACGCUGGCCGGGGCAGGCUUCACAGAGGAGAAAGACAACUUAAAAUGGGAUAUGAGUGUGUCAAAACCACUCAGUAUCGAGUUUCCUCGGUCCAYGGUGGAGGUGGUAACGUCGUGGAAUCUGCCCAUGUCUCGCUUUCUACACACCUACGUGUUUAAGAGCGCACUCAAAUUCGGGACGUUCACGGCCCUGGUGGUGACGUACGCAGCCAGCGCCCUCCUGCAUGGUUUGAGUUUCCAYCUGGGGGCAGUGCUGAUGUCUCUGGCGUUCAUCACAUACAUUGAGCACGUUCUGCGGAAGAGGCUUGCCGCCAUUUUUAACGCCUGCGUGCUGUCAAGGAAAUGUCCACCAAACUGCAGUCACCAAAACAAAAAGAAACUAUGGGUGUAUUUGAUUAACAUAGCCUUUAGUGCUUUGGCAAUACUUCACCUGACGUACCUGGGCUCUGUGUUCAACUCCAGCAUAGACUACACGGAGGAGGACGAGGAUGACAUCACCCACCACACCAUUCAGAAGUGGUCAGAGCUGAGCUGGACUAGCCACUGGGUCACGUUUGGAUGCUGGGUACUGUACCGCCUCAUUCUCUAAUAAAAACAGAAGAAGUGAGGGGAGCAAAUAACGAGAAGCCCAUAAUCCUCUUCUGCACUGUGACUUUAUCCUGCGUUGAACCGAAGAGAACAAAAAUCCACCUUCAUGUUAUAACAAUAAACCAACUGAGAGCUCAGGUCGCCCGGUUGGCAUGUGGAACGCUAACCUGCUGGGGACUAUAGUUUUUUAUACCCGCUAAGAGAAAACCCUGUGGCUCCUUUUUUCUUUCGCCACAUCACAUCUUUUUCUUUAUCUGAGCUACAGUUGUUGAACCCCACCCCCCACCCCCACCCCCCGCUGCGACAGCAGUUACCACCGUCUCACCAAGGCUCCUAAUCAAUAGCUAUCAGCACAGCUCAGAUCGGCUGCUCCUCUGUGCACACUCGAGGCAGAUGUCCUCCAGAUGUGAUAUCCUCUCAGCUCAAUUGCUUUGCAGUGCCACUUCUGUUAGAAAGAUAAAGCUGAUGACUUUUUGUGGUCUUCUUAUAGUCAGUAAAUCCAGUUAAAUGACCAAAAUCAAUUAUGCCAUUAUGUUUCUGAACGCUUUCUCAUUUUGUCGGCCUUUAAAGCCGCAGUGUUUCACCUCGGCUGCCUGUAUGUCAUUCUGUCAGAGGAGCUUAAUCACAAACCAGCGUGACAGACAAGUGGAACAAGAGGAAGGAGGAAUAAAUGCAAUUUUAUUCAAUUUACGUUGCUGUCUGCAAAACCUCCAAACAAGACGCCAGUGGUUAAGCAUUAAAAAUACUUUUAUUACUGUUUUGCURUUAUACUUCAGUUUUUGUCGCAGGUUUUUGUCACCAUUCCUCACGCAGCUUUAGAUAAAUCAGCUUGAACUUUGGUAGCAGUACAUCUUUUAGUGUAGACAAAAUUUGUGGAAAUAAACAAAAAUGAGACUUUGGUAAAACAAGCAGGACAUGGUCAGCUUUUAAACUGUACGUAAUCUUUAAAGACAAAUUCUGUUAGCUCAGUCUUUACACUUUUUACAGUUUAUGCUUCAAAAUGUAGGCAUUUCUGUCUUCUUGCACCCAAUGUUUAUACGGCUGUAAGAACAUAUAUUUAUUCUCAAAUCCAUCUGAGCGUGCAAAUCUCAUUGAUUCCCGUAACGGUGAUGCAGUGGUAGGGCAGCUGACUUGGGACCAGAAAGUCCCAGGUUCGACUUCCCACCAUCCCCUCAUUUUGUUGUGUUCUUGAGCAAGACACCCAAUCUCUAGCUGCUCAUCGGGUGCUUACCUAGCUGCUCCACCUGGUUGUAUCUCGUGUUAUGGGUCAAAUGCAGAGCACAGCUUUCAUCAUUUUAUGAGAACAUGCACUGGUGACGAUACACAGGAGUCAUUGAAAGGACUAUAUCUCUAUAUAUGCUUAUACUGUAUCGCCUAAUUAAAACACUGUAGACAUAAAAAGGACAUACAGGAGGAUUACUCAGAGUUCAGGGUAUUUAUAAAUACAACUUGUAGUUUUUGCACAGUGACAAUUUGAGGCCUAAUGUAUGCUCUGCGUUUGUUUCAUUAAAAACUGGCAAUGUUACUAUUAUUUUAGAAGAAAUGAUGGAUGUUAGAGUUUCAGACAGUAAAUGGAUUGGUGCCCAUCUAAAUUUCUUCAGAAGUUAUGUAACUUCUCAGGUCUCUCUGAUUUCUUUCUUUUUACAGCAUUUAAACCUUAAAACCCAACCUUUUUUUUAAAUCUCGGCUGCCUGGUUGUUGUUCUGUUAGAAAGCACAAUCAAAAACUGAAUAGAACACUGGCCUCAUUCUUUGAUUUUGAAAACAUUUUCAGAAAAUGUCCUAAAACCAGCAGUGAGUCAUAUUCUUAGAUUGUGAUCACAUUCUGUUUGUGCUAGGUGCAUUUUCUAUUUUAAAUCUUCAUGACAAAGAGUGUUUUGUAAGAUUAGUGUUAGUUUUGGUCUCCAGAUUUGCUGGCAAUAAGGAAUACAGUAUAUAAUAAAUUAUGAAACUCAUUAAAACUCUUAAAUUUGUGGGGGGKUUUUUUUACUUUGUGUGAAGACAGCACUGGUUAUGGUUUUACUGUUAACAAUAGUAGUUUCCUCUUUUUGUGAACUUUAUAUACAAUGUAAUUCAAAUUAAUUAUAAAGUCUAUGAAUUAGGUUUUGUAGUGGAAGUAUCCUUAUAGUGUUUGGAUUUUGUUGUGUUACAUUAAUAUUUCUAUGAAGCUAACUAAUUCCCUCCAAAAAAAUUUAUUUGUGUUUUAACUCUCCUCAGCCUAAAAUAAAAGUUAAAGUCAAGGUAUUUACAAUGUAUUAUUGCAUAGUUAAAAAUCAUAAAACUCCAAUUUUGUACAGAGAUUUUAAUAUGAACAGUAUGUUAUUUAGAGUCUUUCCCCUAACAGCUGAUUUUAAGGAUUAACUUGUGUGAUCGUAACUAAUGAAAGAUUUUGUGGAAGUGCAUCAGAAAAUGUGAAAAUCAAAAUGUGAAAACAAUCUUCUUGAAGCAGGCGCGCCGACGUUUGGUUACAGCUCGGUAUCUGCAGACGUCCACAGCAAAUACUGUAAAUUUUCUUUCCUCUGAUAUUUACUUUCUGUUUGAUGUUUGGUUCCUGUAAAUGUGAAGGCACACCUGUGAUAUUUUUAUAAAAUUUUACAUGAAACCAGGAA